UUCCUUUCCUGUCGUGUCUAUCACGUCAUAUGUUUGUCGGGAACCUUUUCGUCCUUUUCGUUUUCCUUCUAUUGCAGCAAACUACUCGUAGACUUUUGGUUUCACCGACUGCUACAUUCAACUCGUUCUCACCUUCAAACUUGCAAAUUGCCCGGUUCCAUUCCACACUCUCAAAACUAUCAACUGCUCUCUUUCUCCCAGAUAUCGACCUGACCUGAUGGCGGAUGCACUACUUGGUCCCGUUGUAGAAGUUCUAGUGGAGAAGGCAAUAAAUUUGGCUUCUGAACAAAUUGGCCGGUUUGUUGCAUUCAAGAAAGACUUGGAGAAACUGAGGGAUACGUUGACUCUGAUCCAGGCUCUCCUUCAUGAUGCAGAGGAAAGACAGGUGACUCAACAAUUCGUGAAGCGUUGGCUGGAGAAGCUUGAACGUGUGGCUUUCGAUGCUGGUAAUCUGUUGGAUGACAUCAACUAUGAGAUGAUCCGGCGCAAAGUUGAGAUUCAAAACCAAAUGAAGAGGAAGGUAUGCUUCUUCUUCUCACUUUCCAAUCCCAUUGCAUUUCGUUGCAAAAUGGCCAACAAAAUUCAGAAAAUCAAUAUGGAUUUGGAAAGAAUCAAUCAAGAAGCAUUGGGCUUUGGCCUCCAGCCACAGAUUGGAGCUAGAGAUGCGCCUCGUGUUCUUCCAAAGAAUAGGGAGACUGCCGCUGCUACUGUUGAUGUGUGUUUCGUUGGAAGAGAUAAUGAUGUCUCAGAAAUAGUAAAAAUGUUGACGGCCCCAAAUAAUCAUGAUGAAACUAUCUCCGUUCUUCCUAUAGUAGGGAUGGGCGGGAUCGGCAAGACCACCUUGGCUCGAAAUGUUUAUAAUGAUCCAAAGAUUGAGGAACAUUUUGAGGAGAGCAUGUGGGUAUGCGUGUCGGAUGAUUUCAAUGACAAUAGGCUUUUUAGGCUGAUGCUAGAAUCAUUGAAAGCACCAAUGACCGGAGUUGAGGGUAAGGACGCCAAAGUCAAUCGGCUCAAGGAAUUAUUGGACGGUAAAAGGUAUCUACUGGUCUUGGACGAUGUUUGGAAUAAGGAGUCCAGACUAUGGAAUGAGUUUCUUGGGUCUUUGAGGGGUACUAGCCAAGCCAUGGGGAGCUGGAUUCUUGUGACCACUCGUGAAAAAGAAGUGGCAACCAUCACGAGAAUUUCUUCUCCUCAAGAUUAUUCCUUGAAAGAAUUAUCACAUGAUCAAUGCUGGCUCAUUCUCAAAGAAAAUGCAUUUGGCGCUGGGAAAGUGCCAAAUAGACGGCAAGAAGAUAUAGGUUUGAAGAUUGCAGAAAAAUGCCAAGGCUUACCAUUAGCUGCAAGCGUUCUCGGGGGCAUGUUGCGUAACAAGGGAACGGCUGAAUGGGAAACUUUAGAGAGUGGGCUUCAAAGAGGUGAAAAUAAUGGCAUUCAUGAAAUUUUGAAGUUGAGCUUUGAUAAUCUUCCAUAUCCAUCUCUUAAAAAAUGUCUUGCAUAUUGUUCAAUUUUUCCCAAGGAUUUUGAAAUGGAAAGGAAUCAACUGAUCCAACUUUGGGCAGCAGAAGGAUUUCUUUAUUCAAAUCCAAGAAACAAUAAUAUGUGUAUGGAGGAAGUUGGUAACAUGUACUUUACCAUUUUGUUGGAUAGUAACUUGUUUCAAGAUGCAAAGGAGGAUAGGUAUGGGAAUGUUGUGAAUUGCAAAAUGCAUGAUCUUGUGCAUGAUAUGGUGCAAUCCAUUCCCAGUUCUAAAACUUUGAGGUUGACAGAGUCUGGAAGUGAUGACCAGAGGACGUUUCCCAUUCAGUAUCUUGCACUGGAGAGAAGUGGAGAAGAAAUGCCAUUUCCAUCCCCUGAAAGGUUCAAGUGUAUUACAACAUUAUUUUUGUUAGAAGACAAAUCACUUAAUGAUAGAGAGAUAUCAUUUUUUAUGUUGCGAGUUUUGAGUUUAAGGCCAUCAAGUGUCGAGGAGCUUCCUAAAUCAAUUGGGAAGCUAACUCAUUUGCGGUACCUUGAUUUAUCCAGACCUUCAAUCGAAAUAAUGCCAGACUCUCUUUGUCGACUUUAUCAUUUGCAGACAUUAAGAGUUGAAGAUUGUGAUUCAUUGACAAAGUUUCCAGAAAAUUUCACGAAUUUGGUGAAUUUGAGGCACUUUGAAGUGCGAAAUUGCACAAACUGCAAAGAGUUACCAACUCUUGGGCACAUGUCCUCCCUCAGAUCUCUUCACUUGGAAAGUCUUGAUGGCAUAACAAGCAUAGGACCUUCUUUUUAUGGAGAAUCGACCAUACAUAGUGGAAGCGGCAGUCAAAGUCCUCUAAAAUUGUUUCCAGCACUUGAACAUUUCAUUCUAAGGGACAUGCACAAUUUGACUGAAUGGACGGAAGCAGAAGUUCAUGAUAGAGAAUUGAUGGUAUUUCCUGUCCUUGAGACGAUAGAGAUUGAAGAUUGCCCCGAACUAGCAACUUUUCCAAGUCAUUUUCCAAGUCUCAAGAAAUUGCACAUCGAUUGGAUUAAGAAUGGGUCAGCAGUAAUGGAAUAUAUUCGCAGCAGCGGAGUUAGCACUCUCACUAGUCUUUGCCUUUCGUCUGUGAAUGGGUUCACUGAGCUACCAAAUAUGUUAUUUCAAAACAAUCCAAAUCUUGCACAUCUCCAGUUAAGAUGUUGUCAUGAUUUGACCCAAUUCUUGGAUUUUCCGUCUGAUGUUCCUCAAACUUUAGAAGGUCCAAAUUCCCAAACAGUGCUUGAGUUGAGCCAACCACACACUUGUAUUGACAAUAGUGCUACUCAACGUUUGGUUGGUCUUGAGUCCCUUGAGAAAUUAGAAAUUUCCGAUUGCGAUUCACUCAAGUCGAUUUCAAUCCCCAAGGGAGACAAGUACCUCACUGCCUUGCGCGAAUUAGAAAUUUCCGAGUGCGAUGGGUUGACCCACUUGUCCAUCCCCCAGCUAUCUGAGUCAGAGUGGGAUUCCACUUCUCCGCCCUCCCUCUCCGGUGCUUCUCCUCCUCCUCCUCUACCUCUCGAGGAAUUGACAGUACACAGCUGCCCCGAUCUGAUCUCCUUUCCAAUUGAUUUAACCCGAACACCUUCUCUCUCUUACCUAGACAUAGCAUGUUGUCCCAAAAUAACGGACUUGCCCAAGGGGAAGCUUUGUUCUCUUACAAGCUUGAGAACCUUAUCGAUUGGACCAUUCUCAGAAACCACAGAGUUGCAUUCCUUCCUAUACCUCUUUGAUGCUCUCCCACCACCGCACCCCUACUUCCCCUCCCUUUCAGAAUUAUUUCUGCGUGGAUGGUCUCAUUGGGAAUCUCUGCCCGAGCAACUUCAGCGCCUCUCUGCCCUAACAACUCUUUGUUUAGAUGGUUUUGGAGUGAAAUCAUUGCCCGAUUGUUUUGGGAAGCUUUCGUCACUUGAACAACUUAGGCUCUGGGAUUGUGAAAAGCUAGAGAAUUUACCCCAAUCUAUGAGAAGCCUCACCAGACUAAGAAGCCUGCAGAGUCACGGGUGCCCCCUUCUAAAGGAAAGAUGUAAACCAGAGAGCAGCAGUAGCAGCACCACCGACCCCAAUUCUGAGUGGUCGAAGAUCUCCGGCAUUCCCCAAUUAAAGCUACUAGCCUAACUUCUGCUCAGUCAUUGAUGCGAACUAUUUUUCCUUCAUCCUGUGCGUUUCUGCUUUCUAGGCGGUUUUGAGUCUAGCUUGAGAGUCUACUCUCAGAUUGAUAAAUUGUGGAAGAAUAUAUGAGGCUGACAACGACAGAUCAUUCUGGCUAGCUGCAGGGAUUCUCAUGCAUGAGGUUAAAUAACAGAGCUAUGGAUGAGCAAUACAUGGGAAAGCCACUGGUCGGAUUUUUAAGUUGUGAUGACAACUGCUGCAAAUGAGGCUUGUCAGCCCUUUUAAAGAAACAUAACCUAGUCGAAUUGAGAAGCUUUCGUCUGUUGAAGGGUUCUAAGUUGGCAAAUGCAAAAAGCUUGAGUGGUAAUCCUUCCACCAAUCCACCAGAAGGCUUGAGUGGAUAUAGGAUGCGUAUCUUUUGAUUUAUAGGGAAGAUGAUGUCACAAGGGGAGCUGCCCCAACAGCGAGUGAUGCAAGAGCUAUGAGAUUUUCUACUUUGAUCAUAUUCUAAUUGGAUGCUAAGUUGUCACAAUCUGCUUAAAAUCUAAGAAAACUGAAGUCUACACUGAGUGUGUUAAUGAUUUAGUCAAUUCUGUGUAUUCUAUAAUAUGCUAUCUUCAGUUCUGUACAUUCAGUCUCAUGAUGCUAUACAAUCUUUUGGCAUUUUGCUUGACAGACCCUUGUUGCUAUACGUGAAAGUGAAUUGAGUAUUGGAACA